AUGAAGAGUGUAGAAAAUGUAGCACCGAGAAUCUAUAUCAGUGUGCAAUUUAUCGAUAAAGUGGAGGGCGACGUAGUACGUUUGAACAGUGUGUUUGAAUUCUUCGUGAUAUCAUGCACAUGACUGUGUACUAAAACGUUAAUUACUGAGCAGUAGCUUUAAGCAAAACGUCUUAUAUGGAAUUGAACUUCAAUGAAAAGGAAUGAAACAUGCCCUGUUUGUCAUUUAGAAACUUUUUAAUGUAUCACAUCCUUUUUUAAUCUCGAACAUGAAAAUAAAUUUCCAAAACCUAUCUAUAUAUCGACAUGUAAUCGUACAGAGAUGAUGACCUCGUUAACACAGACACUAUUUAAAUCGCUGUGUGCUGUACUAAAUUUGACCUUAACCAAGUUUAACCAGAGCUAAAUUAUGCAACAGUAAAGUUCAAACUUCAUUAAAUAGUGUCAUUUCUGUGUCUGUAUUUUCGCAAAAAAAUAAGCGUCCAACAGAAAUAAAAUGAUUCAUAGAUUUUGUUUAUGUCUGAUAAAUUAGCGACUGGGCGUGUUGCAACGAGAAUUCCUCCAUCAACCUCGUUCCCAGUGCUUUUCCAUUUUUUGUUUCCUCCCAUUUUCUAAGGAGAAAUCACUGGGGACGAGGUUGUGCCUCCACCACAAUAAAUAACUCGCUAUUUUCACCGAGACCAUAAUGCACUUUGAUUACCCCCCAAAUUUUGCAUACAAGAUGCAUUAUGGACUCGGCUAAAAUCGUGAUUACGAUCAUAUAAUUUUUCCUUUACAGAUGAAAUGGUACAAGAUUUCUUUUUUGCUCCUGAUUGCACUCCUGGUGUAUUUUUGUCAAGAAGAUGCGUCAUUCCACCUGAUUCAGGUGGAGAAAACACCAGACGAGCGUCCCGCCUACAACCCUCAACUGUCGGUUACAACCGGCAAAGCUGCGAUAAGCAGAAAAGUUCAGUUUCAUUGUGAUUGUCUGAGUGGUUCCACCUGUUGUCUAAUACCUGAAACUGGUGGCUAUUACUGCUGUCCUUAUACCCAUGGUGAAUGUUGUGAUGACUUGAUUUUUUGCUGUCCUGAGGGCACCAGAUGCACAGCUCUCGGCCGGUGUGAAGAAACUGAUCAGUUCGUAAGAAAACAGGAUAACACUACAGACGUUUUGGAGUUUUAG